GGGAGGCUUGAUUGUCAGGUUGUUUUAAAAGACACCAAGAUAGCCCUACUGUAACCCUUCUAGAGCACUAGCUCCUAAAAUUGCUGAAACUCAGAAACAGAAAAGUCCUCUAAGGGGUUCUUCUUCACACCCAACUUCCAAGAGAAACUUUUGUUAAGUUUAAAGAGAGAGAUAAGAGGACCUCAACAGCAGCCAAUGCAAAACAAGCCAGCAUGGCAAAAAAGGUUGCUGUCAUAGGAGCUGGGGCCAGUGGCCUAACUGCCAUUAAAUGCUGCUUGGAUGAAGGCCUUCAGCCAACAUGUUUUGAGAGAAGUGAAGACAUAGGGGGACUGUGGAGGUUCCAGGAGCAUGACAUCGGGGGCCAAGCCAGCAUUUACAAAUCUCUGACCAUUAAUACCUCAAAAGAAAUGAUGAGUUACAGCGAUUUCCUCAUCCCCGAGGAGUACCCAAACUACAUGCACCACAGCAAAGUGAUGGAGUACUUCAGGAUGUAUGCAAACCAUUUUGACUUGCUCAGACACAUAUGUUUCAAGGCCUGUGUCUGCAGCAUAAGGAAACGCCCAGAUUUCCUCAUCACUGGCCAGUGGGAUGUUGUAACCGAACAGUAUGGGAAACAGGAGUCUGCCAUCUUUGAUGCUAUUCUGGUCUGCACUGGCCACCACAUAGAUCCUUAUUUUCCUCUGGAUUUGUUUCCUGGUGUUAAGAAGUUUAAGGGGAAGAUUAUGCACAGUCGGGAAUAUAAGCAUUCUGAAAACUUUCGGGACCAGCGAAUCCUUGUAAUAGGCUUGGGAAAUUCUGGAGCAGACAUCGCCGUAGACCUCAGCCAUGUCACUAAGCAGAUCUUUCUGAGCACCAGAACUGGCACCUGGGUGGUGAAUCGUGUCUCCGAUGACGGGUACCCCUUAGAUGUGGUGCAUUUUACACGCUUCAAAAACCUCCUUCGCCAUAUGCUUCCCAGGGCUCUGGUAAACCUAUGGGGAGAGAAGAAGCUGAAUAUGAGAUUUAACCAUGAGAACUAUGGUCUAAAACCCCAGCACAGGUUCCUCAGUAGGUAUCCAAUUGCAGCAGAUGACCUACCAAAUGCCAUAAUUGCUGGCAGGGUGCUCAUGAAGCCAAACGUGAAGGAGUUCACUGAGAGAGGUGUGAUUUUUGAAGAUGGCAGCAGAGAGGAAAACAUUGAUGUUGCUAUCUUUGCUACAGGAUACAACUAUGCCUUCCCCUUCAUUGAGGAGGGAGUCAUCAAGACCAGGGACAACCAGAUCCCACUAUAUAAGUUUGUUUUCUCUCCACAUCUGGAAAAGCCCACACUGGCUAUCAUUGGCCUCCUCCAACCUUUGGGAGCCAUCAUGCCAAUAUCUGAGCUCCAAGCUCGAUGGGCCACAAGAAUCUUCAAGGCUGCACAGGAAAAGGGAGUUGUGGAACAAUUUGGCAACGGACUGAGGAUGGAGAGCCAUGGCGAGAGGAGAAUCAAAGGCCUGCUCAAGUUGCCUUCAGAGGAUGAAAUGAUGGCUGACAUUACUGAGAAGAUCAAAUAUAAUGAGAAACGGUAUGUGCCGAGCCAGCACAUCAGCCUACAGGUGCAAUAUGUCGAUCACAUGGAUGAACUGGCCUCCCUUUCGGGAGUGAAGCCCAGCCUGCUGAGUCUCUUCCUGAUGGACCCAAAGCUGGCCUGGGAGGUGUUCUUUGGGCCUUGCUCACCUGCACAGUUCCGUCUCACCGGGCCUGGGAAGUGGGAGGGGGCUAGAAAUGCCAUCCUCACCCAAAGAGAGAGGAUUGUCAAGGCCACCAAGACCCGAGGCCUGCAAACCUGUGUGGGCACCAGUCUGCCUUCGGCUCCUUGUUUCCUUAUCAAAGUGCUUGGCUGUUUUGCCCUCUUUGCCAUCAUGGUAGCUUAUCUUUAGCUUGGCCUUGCAGUAGCAGCAAGAGAAGAACUCACUGCUUUCUUGUGUGUUAAUCAGGGCAAACCUCCAGGAUACCAGGAAAAUGAGAAGUGGCUCGAAAGUGACCAGAAAUUGGAGUUUCUGUAGUGCAGAAGGCUCACAUUUUUACUUGGUAAACCAACCUGGCAAAAUUUCAGCUGAAACUUUUUCAUAUACUUGGCUUCUUUCUACAUCUUAACAGUAGCUUAUAAAAUGGUUAGGAGAUCAUGGAAAGAAUUCUCACAAAUGUUUUUUUCCCUCAUGUUUCCUCACUUAUACAAAUCUGUUUAUUAACAUCUACCCAACCAAUGGGACUCUGCCAUCACAGGCACGUUUAGGAUUGCAGCUGCUGGUAUACUUCUCUUUAUAGCACAGUUGCUUGCUUUUAUUCCUAUCUGGCUCUCCCAAUCUGUUCAACACCUUAAAUAAAGACUUUGAAAUACAAAAAUGUCUAAGGAAAGUGAAGUCACAUUACAAUGAAAAAUAACCGAAAACUGCAUUCUCUUCUGACUUGUAUGAAUUACUAGGGGCUGAGCCCCUGCUUGCUUCACUCACCAACCCAGCUU